AUCACCCGCUGCUUGUGCUUGGGUACUGUGUACUUGCGAUUAUCACGCUUCCCCCGCAUCGCAAGCUAUCAGGCCUUAUUGAUGCUGAGCUGCUGCGCCUACUGCUGCUUGCUUAGCACCUGGCUGCGCUGUCGCCAUGUCCCCAUGGCAUUAUGCAUAACAACAUGGCGAGCCUAUCACAGCCUCGUCUCAGCAAUAAUUUGAUCUCCCGCCUGCAGUCUUGCUACAUCCCAGCACAGGAAACCCACGAGACACCAUGAACAGUCUCAAAAAACUAGUUCAUCGCCGUCGAGUUUCCGACAACAAUUUGGUGACCCCCUACAAUGCUCAGAACGUUCCCCGACCCCAGCCUCAAGCACAACCGGACACGCAGCCACCGUCGUAUCCGUCGUCGCAGCCAGAAACGUUACCUACGGUACCCGUUAUUGCACCACCAACCGCAUCUGCAGCGCCAUCAGAGCCUAUCGUCACAGCCGUGGUAGACUUUGUCAAUGCUGAUGUCAAGUUUAGUCCGAGCGCUACUUAUUCACCCUCCCCCGGUUCGCCUACAUUAACAGCAAGCCCCAUUCCCCCACCACUCUAUGUAUCGCGCGAGCCAUCUGUAAACACAUCACCGUUCACCAGGCCGCCUGGGCAUUCCCCAGAGCCAGAUGUACGAGACCGCCAUGCCCAACUGUCGACCAACCAUAGGACAGCCGAACAGAUUCGUGCAGCACAGUCGAGCUCGGUAUUACCAUCUGCGUCUUAUGAUCACACGCGAGCGGCUCCAGUGCCAACAGUACUACCUUAUCAUGAGCAGCCGGGUGUAGUACCGACUGCUGACGGACUAGGUCUGCAGUCAUCCGGGGCUCAUCGAGACUUUCAAAAUCCCAUGCCUGGAGACCUGCCGCUAGAGCGCUCCCCCGGACAGAAGAUCACGCCCGAGGAACUUCGUGAGCUGCGAGAGCUGAUUCGACAACGCUAUGAGCUUGAUCUCCAGAUAUGGAGCGAGCGCUUUCUGCGUCCCCGCGACCGGGACAUAACAGAGGAAAAGAUCAGAAAGGCCGACGCGCUUUUAAAUAAGAUACGGCGGACUGUGAUCACCUGGGACAGUCCAGAGUACUUUGAAUCUCAAGACUACAAAGUCUUCCAAGAAGUUGCGAGGCGUAUUCAUCUUUCUGGCAAGAGGGACUGGAUAAAGGAUCCUCCGUGGAUGCAUGAACGGCGGUUGGUUUAAUGCGCUCACUCACAUGGAUGACCGAAGCGGACUGCAUCUACAUUGAUGUGUGUACGCAAUAUCCAGUUAUAUACGAAUGCAUCAUUGAUAU